AUGAGCCUCGCAAGCAUCGAUGAGCUACGUCAUCCUGAUGCACUAACUCAUCACGUCCUUGACACAGGCACUGCACGUGUCAUCGUCAUCGGCGAUGUGCAUGGUUGCGCUUUCGAGCUUGCCGCGUUGCUGGCCAAGUGUGGGUACUCCAGAAGCAGUGAUGUGGUCAUCCUGCUUGGCGAUUUGGUGAACAAGGGACCUCACUCUAUAGAAGUGAUCCGCUUGGCAAGGGAGCAGGGCCUACAUGCCAUUGCUGGCAAUCAUGAGUUCAUCGCGCUUCAGAAGUGGGAAAUAUGGAAGCAGACUGGAGUCGUUCCCAAACCCGACGAGCACGGACUGACGCAGACCUGGACUUCAUCAGGAAAUUGCCCCUGA